AUGCUUCAUGAGAGCGGUACGGGUGGCGCGCCCAAGUACGGUGUCGUCUCACAGCUACCGGCUCUUGGGGAUGUAGCCAACCCCCUGGCUUAUCCAGGGGAACCAAGAGCGUCUGCUGAUAUCACCAAAAUUGGCUACUACAAGUCAAGCCUGGCUUCCGGCAUAACCGUUGAGUUGGGAGCAUCUGAGAGGGCUGGUUUCUAUAGGCAUAGCUUCCCCCAGAUUGGCGAGUCAGCCAAUGUCAUCGUUGAUGUGUCUCAUGUUCUCCCAUCUUUCCGGGGAAUGGGCCUGGAGCAGCACUAUCUAGGCGGAGGGAUUUCAGUCAGUGACGAUAGCGUUGGGCUUUCAUACGAGGGCUGGGGCAAGUAUGAUAAUGGGUGGAAUCGUGCACCAGGGUGGACCGUCUACUUCUGUGGGGUUGGUGUAUCGUUCAUCUCCACGAAGCAGGCUUGUCAAAAUGUCAACAGCCAGAUCCCUUCUGGCACAUCGUUGGCUAGCCUCACCGACAACGCGAGAGAUGCUUGGAACGACCAAGUGUUGUCCAAGGUCACCACUACCGAUACGGAUACCAGCAAAUUGCAGUUGCUGUACUCGUCUCUGUAUUUUAUGCAGCUCCUGCCGCAAAACAAGACAGGAGAGAACCCGCUGUGGACGUCCUCGGAGCCGUACUACGAUGACACGUUCACCCUGUGGGACCUAGAUCCUCUGAGCUGUGGCGGCUGUUAUUGGGCCGAUUAUUAUUACCAAGGAUUACCAUGGGAGUACUCCUUCAACGCCCACCACGACAUUGAUACCCUUAUCAGUCUCUCCGGAGGAGAGGAGACGUUCGCUGCUAGACUCGAGACUAUUUUCACACCGGGCCUCAAUCCUUCCGGCGCUUUCGACAAGAUGAUCUUCAAUCCGGGCAAUGAGCCGAGUUUCACCAGCCCCUUCCUGUUCAACUUUGUGGACAGGCAAGACCUCACGGUGAACCACAGCCGCGCUAUCGCCAAGGCGUACUACAGCGCAACGCCUGGCGGACUUCCGGGGAACAGCGACGCCGGAGCCAUGCAAUCUUGGGUCCUAUGGGUCAUGAUUGGCCUGUACCCCAUGACAGGGCAGACGACUUUCCUCAUCGGUUCACCAUGGUUUGAUGACCUGAGUAUCUCUCUUGGCGGCGGCAACUCAUUGCACAUCACCAGCACCGGGGGCUCGGACACAUCGUUUUACGUGCAGUCCCUGAAGGUGAAUGGCAAGACCUGGACGAAGAACUGGGUCGAAUGGUCAGAUGUAUUUGAGAACGGUGGCACGAUGGAUUUUGUCCUCGGCCCCGAGCCCGUGGACUGGGCGACUGGUCCUGCACCACCGAGUCCCGGUACGGAGAACAAUGGGAGCCGCACACGCAAGUCGAGUGGCAGUGAGGACGGGUCCGGCGCGAGCGCCUCGGGAAUAUAG